AUGAGCGCUGAUUUGAAGGAAACUUUCGAGAAAGCCACCAAGCUGGCAAGUUCUCCCGAAGGCGGCAAAUGGUCGUUGAGCACUGCUCAGAAGUCUACCAUGUAUGCCUGCUUCAAGCAAGUCAACGUGGGAGAUUGUACCGGAGAUCGUCCCGGCAUGUUCAAUCCGAUAAACCGACAAAAGUACGAUGCCUGGAAGGCCGUGGAGGGAAUGAGCAAAGAGGAUGCCAUGAACAAGUAUAUUGACGUUGUGGAAGCCUUUGUUCCAGACGUCCGGUCGUAA